AUGCCGCUUGGCGUCCGUUCCAGGAUAUCUAAAGCCUCCUCCUGGAAGAUUCGGCUGGUGCGAGGUGUGACGUCAGAGGUAAACAAAGACGCGUCUCGUCUUUACAACUGGAGUAAAAGAGUCAAGUGUAUUACGAACGCAAAAGCUGCUACUCUGAGUUCCGCCCUCGAGGAAAUGGACACCUGGCCAAAGAAACACCCGUACGGAACAUCACGAGGCACAGGACAUGACCUGCAACUUUCACGAUUGGUCGGAUACAUCCAGGCGAGGACGACCGGAAGAUCACGGUCGCGCGAUGAAGGUCCCAAACUCUGGCGGCUCAUUAUCACGAACGCUCACGUAUCUACACCAUUAUGUAGGAAACCCCUUGAUGGAAUUCCGCUGUGGUGCUGUAGGUCGCUCGAAGGUGACUUGAGUACAUCGAACGCCGUUCUGAGGUUCCUGCGGCAGGAGGAAGGAGGGGCGUGUCCUCUCCUGGAAAGGUAUAAAAUGAAAAGGACCGCGGGAAGGGAAACAGAAGCCGCCCGACGAAUUUCCAGUAGGAAUUCUUACGAUUUUUUCGGACAGAAGCGCUUGUUGAAAAUGCAUACGGGCCUGGUAUUAUGCGCCCUCGUGAGCCUGACGGCGGGGCAAACUAGGAUCGCCAGCAACCGAGGGUAUGGGUACACAGGAGGAUCCUCGGGCAGUUUCGGCGGCGGCCUGCUAUCUGGCGGCUUCGGGAGCGGAGGCUUUGGAAAUGCAGGUUUCGGUUCUGGAGGCUUCGGAGGUCUUUCGGGAGGGUACGCAGGCGGAGGGAGCAGUUCCUGCACGUACUGGUGCCGGACGCCGCUCAAUCAGUACUACUGCUGCGGAAACAGCGGCCAGAGCAGUAACAUAGUUGCAGUUCACCGCGGGAGAUGCCCUCAAGUACGGCCAUACUGCCCGGGCACUCGUGACGGGCCGCCGAGACCCUGCAGCAAUGAUGGCAACUGCAGCUGGCUGGACAAGUGCUGCUACGACACCUGUUUGGGCCAACACGUGUGCAAGCCAGCGCAGAACUAUUAGUGGUUGGCAUAGAUAAGGAUUCUUAAGAAUGGGAAUUACUUUGUAGAAGAAAAGGCAUUAUAAUGGUACUUUUUUGCUUACAAGAAAAAAAAUCUAAAUAUUAAUGAAAACUCGUAGAAACUGCACAUGCUAGUUCGACAUAUAUAGACUAUUGUUCAUUGAUACAUCAUUCUUUGCAAGUGAAUUAAAGUAAAUUACAGAACAAGUA